AUGGUUCAUUUUUUUAUAGAAUUAUUUUUAUUCAGACAAGUUCCUAGUUAUAUUUUAGAUUGUCAUGGUUUAGUAUGCCUUUACAAUGAAAUUAUUGAUCUCGAUUCAUAUAAAUGUCAAUGUGAAUCUUAUGCAACAAGUAAACAAUGUGAAAAUCUUGAUUGUACAUUAUUAUCUGAUGAUUGUAAAUAUGGAAAUGAUAAAUCAUUAUGUACACAAUAUUCAAAUAUUUCUAAUGAAUGUCCUAAAUUUUGUGGUUUAUGUUCUCGAUAUGAUGAAAUGAAAAAAUAUUAUGAUUCACUCGAGAUAUUAUCAAAUAUUGGAAUUCAAACGAUAGAAAGCACUCAAUCUGUUAUAUCAUUUAGAAAUAUGUCUUUUCAUUUAGUUUUUAUUUAA